AUGCUGAUCGCAGGUGUUCUCCCCACAUCAAUUAAUGCGUGCACGCUGGCGCUGAUGGACGCUGGUAUUCCCAUGGCCGACUAUGUGACGGCUCUUACUUGCGGCCUCUAUGGCUCCACGGCGCUCCUGGAUCUCAACCUGACCGAGCAGUCAGACCUCCCCUUUGUCACUAUGGCGGUCCUGCCCCGUUCUGGCAAGGUCCCUCUGAUGCUGCUGGACACUCGUAUCCAUAUGGACCGAUUUUCUGCCAUGGUCGGCGUCUGUGUGGACGCUACGCAAGUGAUCCGGGACGAGAUGGAUGUUGCUAUGCGGUACCGGACGGAAAAACUCGCUCAGGCGAUGAGCGGCGCGCGGCAGGGGCCUACGGCCGAUGCUAUGGCCCAGGACGCAUAG